UAAAAAGAAAAUGACUAAACGCGAUUUAAUAAGAGGCAACUCUACUACAAAUACUAGCGCUAGUUCUGAUGUAUCUGAUAAGGACCUCACUUCUAAAGCAAGCAAGCAAUGCUCAAAUCAAAGCAAGGAAAAUGAAGGGAAAAUGCUUCAAUCAAUUCCAGACUCUGCACUUUUUCCGACUUGUGUACUUGGGAUUUACACUUGCUACUUCGCCUAUGGAUACCUUCAAGAAGAGAUCAUUGCUGUGUCUCAGAUCAGUGCUGGAGUACCUUUGUUCAUGCAAUAUCUGACUGCUUUACUAAUCUCUCUGGGGGUAAAAAUAUUCCUCUCAAGUUCAAAUGACACAAAGUUCAAACUGGUUAGGUACAAAGAGCUGAGAAUUGGAUUCAUUAACAAUUGCUCAAUGUUUGGAAGCAACUACGCUCUCAAGUAUGUUGAUUAUCCAACACAAGCCUUGUUCAAAAGCUCCAAAAUCCUUCCAGUAAUGGGCCUUGGUCUAAUCAGGAGGACUUAUUCGUACCCGCUUUAUAAAUACAUCUGAGCUGGAGUAAUAACACUUGGAUUGGUAGUAUUCAACAUUGCUAAGCUUGGAUCUAAAGUUAACUCGAUGGCUAUCAAUACCACAGGACUUUUGCUUCUCUUCUUCAGUCUCUUCUUUGAUGGACUUGUAGCCACCCAGACCGAUAAGGAUAAAAAUAAGGGAGAGAAAUCAACUCCAUUUGAUUUGAUGUUCGCGAAUAAUUUGUGUGGAAUCAUAUCAAGCUCUCUGGUUAUCUUGUCAACUUAUUUUUCAACCGGAGAAUUUAUCUUAAAUGAAAUUACCUUCUCAAACUUAGAUGAGCUCCUCCUGAUUGCUCUUGCUGGAACCAUUGGGCAGAUAAUUAUCUACAUUACGAUCAAUAGAUUUGACUGCUUCAUCUUGAGUAUCGUAAACACAUCCAGAAAGUUCUUCAGUAUCCUAUUCUCGAUUGUUUACUUCAGUCAUCCGAUUUCCUUCUUACAUUGGGUAGGAAUCACCCUUGUAAUUGGCUCGAUCAGUGCAGAUGUAUUCCUUUCCCAUAGAGAGAAGAAACAAAGAGCUUUAAAGAAAGUUAAAUAAUUUAUAUAAAAUCACCUUGUUCUACACAAA